AUGUUGGAGAAUCUGGGUGCGGUGGCGGCAACCGUGGCAGUGCUACUCCCGGUGUUUGCUGUAUUAGUACGUCUUCUCUACGUGCUUCCCGCUCUCCAGCAUCCUUCCAACCCGUCGAAAAAGGCUUCUUUGGAAGGCCACGUUAUGAUCCUUCUAGGGUCUGGUGGCCACACUGGCGAGAUGAUACGGCUUCUUCAGCCGUUGCAGUUGGAGAAGGUGAAGAAAACGUGGCUUGUGUCGUCGGGCGACUCGACCUCGUUGGAGAAGGCCAGGAAACUCGAGAGUUCCGUCAACAGCCAGUCGAGCUACAUCACCUUGAAAAGAGCCCGUACUGUGGGCCAGCUGUGGCUGCUGUCGGUGGUGACGACGUUGUUUUCCAUUGCAUCUACUUUUGGUGCUCUUCUACGCCUCGAGUCGUAUCCUGACGUUUUGCUUAUCAACGGUCCUGGAACAUGUGUGCCUGUGGCGUAUGUACUCUUUUUGUUGAAGUUCCUCGGGCUCUGCCGCACGAGAAUCGUGUACGUGGAAUCCUUGGCUCGUGUGAGCGGCUUGAGCUUGUCGGGACGGUUGGUUUUGCCGGUGAGUGACCGUUUUUUGGUGCAGUGGGAGUCACUAGCGAGGCAGUACAAGCGGGCCGAGUUCCAUGGGAUUCUCGUGUGA